AUGAAAGUGGAAGAUACAGAUAACUCCUUUAUGAGUGAUAUCUUCUCUAUGAGUGAUAUCUUCUUUAUGAGUAAUAUCCAAACACCUCACCUGCCGUGCCCCCACCAAGCACCUGCCGUGCCCCCAGCACCUGCCGUGCCCCCAGCAAGCACCUGCCGUGCCCCCACCAAGCACCUGCCGUGCCCCCAGCAAGCACCUGCCGUGCCCCCAGCAAGCACCUGCCGUGCCCCCAGCAAGCACCUGCCGUGCCCCCAGCAAGCACCUGCCGUGCCCCAGCAAGCACCUGCCGUGCCCCCACCAAGCACCUGCCGUGCCCCCAGCAAGCACCUGCCGUGCCCCCAGCAAGCACCUGUCGUGCCCCCAGCAAGCACCUGUCGUGCCCCCAGCACCUGCCGUGCCCCCAGCACCUGCCGUGCCCCCACUAAGCACCUGUCGUGCCCCCAGCACCUGCCGUGCCCCCAGCACCUGCCGUGCCCCCACCAAGCACCUGCCGUGCCCCCAGCACCUGCUGUGCCCCCAGCAAGCACCUGCCGUGCCCCCAGCACCUGCCGUGCCCCCAGCACCUGCCGUGCCCCCACCAAGCACCUGCCGUGCCCCCACCACCUGCUGUGCCCCCAGCAAGCAACUGCCGUGCCCCCAGCACCUGCCGUGCCCCCAGCACCUGCCGUGCCCCCAGCACCUGCCGUGCCCCCACCAAGCACCUGCCGUGCCCCCAGCACCUGCCGUGCCCCCACCAAGCACCUGCCGUGCCCCCAGCACCUGCCGUGCCCCAGCACCUGCCGUGCCCCCAGCAAGCACCUGUCGUGCCCCCAGCACCUGCCGUGCCCCCAGCACCUGCCGUGCCCCCAGCAAGCACCUGUCGUGCCCCCAGCAAGCACCUGUCGUGCCCCCAGCACCUGCCGUGCCCCCACCAAGCACCUGCCGUGCCCCCACCAAGCACCUGCCGUGCCCCCAGCAAGCACCUGCCGUGCCCCCAGCAAGCACCUGUCGUGCCCCCAGCAAGCACCUGUCGUGCCCCCAGCACCUGCCGUGCCCCCAGCACCUGCCGUGCCCCCACCAAGCACCUGUCGUGCCCCCAGCACCUGCCGUGCCCCCAGCAAGCACCUGUCGUGCCCCCAGCACCUGCCGUGCCCCCAGCACCUGCCGUGCCCCCACCAAGCACCUGCUGUGCCCCCAGCAAGCACCUGCCGUGCCCCCAGCACCUGCCGUGCCCCCAGCACCUGCCGUGCCCCCACCAAGCACCUGCCGUGCCCCCACCACCUGCUGUGCCCCCAGCAAGCACCUGCCGUGCCCCCAGCACCUGCCGUGCCCCCAGCACCUGCCGUGCCCCCACCAAGCACCUGCCGUGCCCCCACCAAGCACCUGCCGUGCCCCCACCAAGCACCUGCCGUGCCCCCAGCACCUGCCGUGCCCCCAGCAAGCACCUGGUGUACCGUAUAA